AUGCUUGCGCGCAGCGCCGUCCCCGGCCACCUCCUCCGCUCCGCCGCCGCCACCGCCAACCCCGCAGUCGCGACGGCGGCGCUACUGCAACAUCGCCGCCGACCCGGAUGCUUGCGCGCAGCGCCGUCCCCGGCCACCUCCUCCGCUCCGCCGCCGACUCGGAUGCUUGCGCGCAGCGCCGUCCCCGGCCACCUCCUCCGCUCCGCCGCCGCCAUCAGUGUACCUUUGAUUUGUUCCAGCAAAGCAUCAAGGACACUGGACAAGACAAUAGGAAACUUGGAGACUAAGCUUCCGGCUGCAAGGACACUGCAGGAGUCAUUCCUCAACGGCUCUCCGGUUUCACAGGAGUAUAAGGCCUUCGAGUCGUCUGGAAGGCACAAGUACCUCAUGAUCAUCAGCAUCAACACGGCUUUCAGCAUCUGUAAGAGGAGGGAUUCCAUCCGCAAUACCUGGAUGCCACAAGGAGAGAAGAGGAAAAAACUGGAGGAAGAGAAGGGCGUCAUAAUUCGUUUUGUCAUUUGUCACAGUGCUAUUUCAGGUGGAAUUGUGGAUAGAGCAAUCGCGACAGAGGAUAGAAAACAUGGAGACUUCAUGAGACUUGCUCUGAACAUGGUCUGAUGUUGGGCCAAAGAUCCAAGGUCUGAAGCGUUCAAGCGGCAUCUUGCCAGGGUACCUGACUUCCUGUGGAUCUCAGAAGAUGGCAUGAAGGUGCAGGUAUGGUGAUAUUUUGGUUUUCAUGCACUUCUAGGUACUUUGUUGUGUUGCGCUGUUUUUGUUUAUGUUAUGUAGUGAGAAGAGAAUAUGUUUUCAUUACUUUUUGCCCUGAUUGGAUGAUUCAUGGAUGCGCUACUGCUAUCAAAUUAAAAUCAUGCU